AUGGGACAAGCUGAAUCAUAUAGUCAAAUAAGGCUACAAAGAAGCACCACAGAAAUUAAAAAACCUAUCACGCGGCACAGUACAGGUGCUGCUUUUCACCCAAAAACUCUGAAAGUUCGUAUUGGCUCAGAUACUGUUUCAGUCGAAGUACCUGAUGACUCAGUUACAUGUGGAUGGCUUUUAUCUGAAACAAUUCGAUUAAAUAAUUCACCGAAUACAUUAAUUGGAUUUAGAACUGCUUUGAAUUCAGAUAUUUUGGAUUUUUUAUUAACAAAGUAUGACAGGCCAUUGUCAUUCUUAAAAGAUAAUGAAGAAUUAAUUGCAAUUUUUUCAGAACCUGUGCCUUCAGAAAUUUCGUGCGGGACUUUCACACCUAUAAAGGUGAUAGGAAAAGGCGGGUUUUCUACUGUUUUUCAAGUGCGGAAAAAAGAUACUGGACAUUUAUAUGCAAUAAAAACAAUUAGUAAAAAAUUUGUAAUAAAAGAAGAUAAAAUUUUCCAAAUUGUAAGUGAAAAAGAUAUUAUGACAAAACUUCAACAUCCUUUUAUAGUGAAAUUGCACUGGACUUUCCAAACUAAGGAAAACUUGCAUUUAGUUAUGGACUUGUGUCCAGGCGGUGAGCUAUUUUUCCAUCUGCAUAACUUGGGGAGGUUUACAGAGGACCAAGCCAGAUUUUACUUUGGCGAAAUUUUACUUGGGCUAGAGUACUUGCAUGAAAAUGGGGUAUUAUAUCGAGAUUUGAAGCCAGAAAAUAUUUUAUUAGAUUAUGAUGGACAUAUAAAAAUCACGGAUUUUGGAUUAUCUAAGCAAGGAAUUUUGCCGAAUGGUUUAACAUAUAGUUUCUGUGGCUCACCAGAAUAUAUGAGUCCUGAAGUUUUGAAAAGUCAAGGACAUGGCCGAGCAGUCGAUUACUACAGCCUAGGCGCUCUCCUAUUUGAAAUGCUAACUGGUUUACCAUGAAUUAAUGGUGGCGAGCCAGCCCACUUAUUAACAGCUCUAAGGAGGAUUGCGCCCGGUAGCAUGCAUUCGAUUAGGUUUCACUUAGUUUGGUGGAGCGCAAUGGCGAAUUAGACUGAUCAAGCUCAUUCCAGGUCAAGGUUUCACCUCUGGGGAAGAUGAAUGUUUGGUAUUGUAAAGGGAAAGUCUAGCAGAGUUUUGAAUCAAUUGAAAAAUACCUAGCACAAUACCUGGUUGCGCCAUGAGUAAUAAGAUCUAUUUUGAUCUACAAGUUGCCAGAAAAUUCUUUUCAAAUUUUCUGGGAGGGCAACCCAAGUCCCACUACACUAUAGCUAGCAUGUGAGCCCAUUUCUGGAUUAGCGCAGUCAACAGACAAAAGGUAGGCGGUCGCGAAGCAAAGAUAGAGUAAAUUCCCUUGAGUUGUCACAAUAGCUUUUCAAUAAUCUUAACUAAGAACUAAGCUAACUGGUUUACCUCCAUUUUAUGACUCAAAUAGAUCCAAAAUGUAUUUUAAAGUUCUCAACGAACCAUUAAUGCUUCCAAAUUUCAUAUCGAAAAGUGGAAGAUCAUUAUUAUGGGGAUUAUUAAACAAAGAUCCAUCUGAGAGGCUUGGAAAUCUGGGAGGCUUCGCAGAAAUCAAAGCCCACCCUUGGUGCAAAAAAAUAAAAUUUGACAAAAUGCUAACUCCCCCCCCCCCCUCCGUGAGCGAACAAAACCAUUAGAAAAAUCGCUAUUUUUUGACCAAAAACCCACCCUCCGUGAGUGAACAAAAAUUUUUUUAAUAGAAAAAAUUUUAAUGGAAAAAAAUUUUGAUAUAUAAGUGAUAAUUAGUAUAAUGAAAUCUAGAGCUAAUUCUGUUUAAUUUUAAACAAAUUGCGUUUUAAAACAUAAAUUUUGCAAAUUAAAUUAAUAUUUGCUUCCCAAUUUUUGCAAAUUAGGAUUUUUUUAAAUUUCGAAAAAAAUAUUUUUUAUAAAAUUUAUAUAUAAAAUUUUUUUUAAAAAAAAAAAUUAACCCCCCUCCGUGAGCGAACAAAAUUUUUUUGUUCGCUCACGGAGGGGGGGGGGGGAGUAAGGAAACAAAUUGUACCUCCUUUUCGGCCAAAUUUAAGGCUCUCAAACUUUGAUCCUGAAUACACAGUGAUGGAUAUAGAUCAAGAUUUUUUGGCUGAAAAUAGGAACUUUCAUGAUGAAAAUUUUGCUGAUUUUGAAUAUAGCAUUGAGGACGAAAUAAAAGAUACUCUAGCUGUACCAAGUCACAAUUUAUCAUCAAUGUCAACUAUAACCUCAAAAUCAGCUGACGUAGUAUCAAGAAACGGCAGCCAAUUAAAAGUUUUCGCUAUUAAUGAAGAAGAGGAAGAAGAAAAAGAGUCACAAAUCGAAUCCAAGGCCAAUACUCCUAGGGCGCUUUCAGCUGAAAAUACCAUCUCUUCUUUUAUGUUCAAACCUCCAAAAGAACUAGGAUUUUCUCUGAAAGCAUUAAAAGAAAAAAUUCCCAGAAAAGAAAUAAAAAUCCAUUUACCUAUAAAUACAGCAAAGCACGCAACAGUUCUUCAAAGUGCUAAUAAAGAGCCAAGCGGUACGAUGUCUUCCAAUGAAGAUUAUGAUGAAGCUGAAAUCAAUUUAAUACCAGGAUUUUCAUCAAAAUUUUUGCAGGAAGAGUAG